GUGGUCUUGGAAUUUCGUUAACUAAUUCUGGAACCAGAGGACCUUUGCUUUCGUAAGGGGUGGUACCUUCGUGAAUUCCGACGUUCUGCCCUGCAGUUUCUUUAGACCGAUAUAGCUCUGAAAGCUGCUGUAGAGGAACAUGUGAAAAAGUUGGUGUUCCCGCACGCCCAGGAGGAGGACGAGGACAUCGGCAGCUGCUGCAGCAGCAGGAGGGGGCCUCUGCGCACCACACACCCCUGCGUCCAAGGGGCAUCACCGUCACCAUCAGCCUCAUCCUCGCGAACAUCUUCAGAAUCAUCCCCCCGUCGGAAUCGUUGAGAGGAGCCGUCGCCCCAGAAGACUCGCGUCAAAAUGCUGGACGGGUUCAGAAGCCGGGUGAAGAAGGCCCUGGGAUGCGUCACCAUCGAGCCUAUCAUGCUCCUGGACGGGGCCUGCAGCUGGUCCAUGCAGGUCUUCAUGGAGGUGGUCCAGAUGAACAAGAUCUGUGAGGUCAGCCUCGGCUAUUCUCAGGAGGUUUGUGCCAACCUGUCGAGCCACACGGUAGAGAACAUCUCGGUACAGAAGGAAUACAGCCUCUUCGCCUUCAAGAACAGCAUCAUGAUGUCAGUCCUUCCUCUGAUCUUCGUCCUCUUUAUGGGGUCUUGGAGUGACAAGUACGGGAGGAAGAUUCCCUUUUUAAUGACCACCAUAUGCCACGCAGUGUGGUCUGGUGGCUACCUACUCAAUAAUGUGAUGUCCCAUUGGCCCCUGGAAUUCAUCUACGUGGCGACGUUCUUUGACUCGAUAGGCGGCUGCAUGCAAGGGUUCCUCUCCAUCUCAGUGGCCUACAUCAGCGACGUCAGCGACAUCAAGUCGAGGACCUCGAGAGUGAGCACGGCCGUCUCCCUGUGGUACUUCGGAGGGCCGCUAGGCAACCUGAUCGGUGCUCUGGCCAUCCAGUACGGCGGAAUCAACGUCUCGCUCGGCAUCGUGUUCUUGAUCCACCUGAGCAACCUCACCUACAUCAUCUUCUUCAUCAAGGAGAGCCACGGGCCCUUCGCCGUCCUGGAGUCGAAGGAGGAGGGCCAGAAGAACGAGGUCGCCCUCAAGAAGGAGGAUAUCACCAGGACCAAGAUGUUCCUGGACUUCUUCAACUGGCGGCGCGUGGCGGAAGCCUUCAAGACGGCCUUCAGGAGUCGAGAGGGAUACGCCAGAGCGAUAUUCUUGAUCGUCGUCGCUAGCAACAUGAUCCGCAGAAUUGCCAGAGGUUUCUACAUGUAUCCUUUCGUGCGCACAGCUCUCGGCUGGGAUGAAGCCAUUUACACCUACUGGUCAAGUUACAGAACUUUACUUGCUGCCGCAGGGUCUCUCAUCAUGGUACCUAUUCUGACGCGCUUGGUGUCCAUCACGGACCCGAUGCUGAUUGUGAUCGGGUCUCUUUCCCUCAUUGGCGAGUACUGCUGUUACGGCUUCGUCAGCGGGGUCUCCCUGGGUUUCUUCAUGUGGCUGGGCCCCGUUGCCAGCGUCAUCUCCAACGCCAGCAUCAUCGCCCACAAGUCUCUGGCCACGAAACUCGUCUCGCCCAACGAAAAAGGUCGUGUCAGUGCAGUGAUGUCAGCUACCCAGGGCCUCAUGCCUAUGGUUGGGUAUGCCAUGUAUGCCCCCAUCUACCACAAGACUGUCCAGAACUUCCCGGAAGCCCAGUUCUUCUUCGGGGCGUCGCUGGUGUCCGUUUCACUGAUCACGUUUUUGGUCAUCCACAUCUCCCACGUGACUGAGGAAAUGAAAAAAGCCGACAUAGAAGGGGCGCAGCCGAAGGACGCCAAGCAGCAGGCUGACCAGAAGAAACCGAAAGCCGACCUCAAACUCUCGUCCGAGUCGGAGACGAAGCCCCAAUCCCCUUCGGGAGCAGCCAAAGGCGAUGAUGUCACUCAGCCCUGCGGCCUCGAACGGAAUAUAGAUAGACUCAGUAGCGCCAGCAGGCGACACGCCCCCUUAAAACAAUCACCGCCUACUGGCCAGGAAUACCAGGGCAGAGACGCCGACGACAACACCUGCUACGAGAACAGGAUAACUGACGCGGAGAUCCUCGAGUCGGAGAAAGCGAAUGCCGUCAGGAGAGAAACCGAUCAAAGAAGAGGAGAGUAGAGAGAGUAGAAGCGCGGAUGAUAAUGAUCGCAGUUUAUCUGCUUAUUUCGUGGUGCAAACGCCAUAGACGAAAACCAAGAAGAAGAACACGAGUCUGGCUAAGACUUUAUGGUCUGGAGGAGGGGCGGCGAUCUCAUUGCUUUCAUUAGAGUUAGGAGGGAAAGGGAGCUCCCUUUAAUUUUUUUUUUUUUUUGUACCAUAUACAUGUGUGGCAUUGACGCUAACCACGACGUCGCUUCGCCUAACGUAUUUAUUGAUGUAGAAUUUUGAUUAUGAAGGGAGUUCGUUGUGUUCUUUUCCUUUACUGAUGAAGCAUGACAAUAUGAAUCCAUAAUUCAUUGUUAUUAUCUCUUCUCUUGUCGUUUAGUUUAUACACACACACACAUACAUAUAUAUAUAUAUAUAUAUAUAUAUAUAUAUAAUACAUACACGUGUAUUAUGUAUAUAUAUACGUAUAUAUAUAUAUAUAUAUAUAUAUAUAUAUAUAUAUACUAUAUAUAUUAUUCAGAAAAGAAACUUUACACAUCUUUGCCUAACGAAGUUCUUCAUGAACGGUCUUAUGUUAAGGAAAAUAAUUCCGGUAGUAAUAAUUUUAAUGUCAAAAAUAAUAAUAAUUCAUAGGUUAAUCUCGCCUACAUAGUGUAUAUAUAGACCACAUAUCGGGUAGCUAGAUUUACAAAUACAGACAUUCAUUUCUCCACUAUCACAAUUCUAGUCUACUUUACGUCUUUUUUAAUUGUUUUUGUUUUCGUUUCGUCUCAAAAUAUUGAAAAGUUUUUCGUUUUUUUUUUUUGCUUAUACCUGGGAAGAAGACAAAGUCCGUACUUCGUGAUAACAAAUGUUGAUGUUAUAGAAUGAGUGAGUGUGCCUGCGCACAUAACGAUUUAAUUGAAAUAUAUAUACAUAUAUAUAUCAGUUAAUAUAGUUACUAAUUUCAUAAAGGACGUCACGUGAUUUCUCGAGGGACACAGACGUCAGCUUCUGUGGUUGACGUCAUAAUAUGGAGGCCCAAUAUCAUCUACAUAACGUGGAGAAGUCAAGAUGACUUCCGACCCUGAUUAUGACAAAGAGAUGUCUUUCUGUCUUUCAUGUUUUUUAAUCUGUCCGUUGGUCUGUUUUAUAUUAUUCUCUCCGCGUGUAGAUAAAGUGCCAAUUUACCCUUUUUUUCAUUAUAUUUAAUGCUUAAUAGUAGAACUUUCUGACUCUAGUCUCAAUGUUGAACCUAUUUGUUAAUGUUACGUGUCAGAUGCACGAUGAGUUGUAGAAAUAUGUAUGGAUUUCUUUUCCUAAUAAAGUCUAUCCUGGUGUUC